AUGUUUAAAGACGACGAUGACGAUACAUGCCAGCUCCUGGGCCCCGUGUCAUUACUGAUACAGUGCAUAAUGGGUUUGGCGGCGAUUGGUGCUCUACUCGUUAAAAGAAACUACGAACAUCCCCAAAGAACGUGGAACGUAUGGUUUUACGAUAUUGGCAAACAGGUUUUAGGCUCAUUGGGUAUCCACUUUAUGAAUUUAUUCAUCAGUAUUUUACAGGACCAUCACCCGCGAAUCUUGGGUCUAGAUCCAGAGAGCGGCAAUUCUGGAGACGACCAAUGCGAUUGGUACUUUUUGAACCUGCUAAUGGAUACUACCGUUGGAAUACCCAUCCUGUGGGUCUUCUUGAAUGGCCUCGAAAAGAUACUGAAGGCUCUUCAUUUGAAAAACAUCGAGAGUGGCAAUUACUUCGCUGAGCCCGAUGAGGAUGACAUCGGGGAAAGCUGUGCAACUUCAACCCAAAGGUUUUCCCAUACAAACAGGACUCCUCUUGCAAGCGCGUUUGCAAAACAAUUGCUAGUAUUUAUGACAGGCUUAGCAAUGAUGAAGUUCACUAUUUUCCUCAUCUUGGUGUAUUUUGAGGCGUUUGCCAAUUGGUUUGCCGACCUCGUCUUGGGCUGGUCGGAUCCCUGGCCCAAUUUCCAGGUUUUCCUCGUGAUGUUCGUGUUUCCAGUUCUUUUGAACUGCUUCCAAUAUUUCUGUGUGGACAACAUUAUAAAGUUGCAUCCGGACCACCUAACUUCCACAAACGCCGAGAACUUUGAGCACGGCUCACUGAUUGAGGAGCGUAUGCAAAGGUCCGACUGUACCAAGAAUACAUACAAUAGCAUAUAG